AUGAAAGAAAGCAAAGAGGACGAAAAACACAUUGGGAUCAUUGAGGUUACCAGCCAUACGCCGGAAGACUUUGUCGACUUCACGGAGGAAGAGGAAAAAAAGGUUGUGCGCAAGAUUGACAUGUACGUGCUGCCAGUGAUGUGUCUCGUGUUCUUUGCGCAGUAUCUGGACAAGCAGUCGCUGGCAUAUGCUGUGAUUGUGGGGCUGCGUGAAGAUUUGCACUUGAACGGCCCUCAGUACAGCUGGUGCACUUCUGGCUUCUAUCUGGCCCAACUGGCCUCCCAGAUCGUGUACAUGUAUCUGCUCAGUAAGUUUCCGACCAAGAUGGUGACGGGAAUCUGCGUUAUUAUUUGGGCCGCAGUGUGCAUGUGCCUUGCAGCACCUGCUACAUUUGCAGGCUUUGUCACCGUUCGGGCUUUUUUGGGAUUUUUCGAAGGGUGUGUGUCGCCUGCGUUUGUUAUCGUCACCAGCUCGUACUACAAAAAAAGCGAGCACGGGUUGCGGACUGCCGCCUGGAUUUCCUGCAACGCCAUCACACAGGUGCUGGCCACCUAUCUGUUCUACGGCCUGGCUAAGGGAGAGAACAAUCUGAGCAUGGCCGUGUGGCGGGUCGGGUUUCUGGUGUGCGGGGCAUUCACUCUCGUCGUUGGUCUGCUGUUCUACUUCAUGGUGCCCCUCUCACCUAAAGAGGCCUGGUUUUUGACCGAACGCGAAAAGACGAUUGCCGUUCACCGGCUAUUGGCGGAGGCGGAUCGUGGAGAGAAAAAAUCGUGGGACUGGGACCAGGCAAAAGAGUGUCUGACAGACUGGGUUGCAUGGUCGUCUUUCCUGUUCGGCCUGAUCACCACCAUGUGCUCCUGUCCGAUCGGGUUCUCGACCAUCAUCAUCAACGGCUUUGGUUAUGACAAGUUCAAGACCAUGGAGUACAGUUCACCGUCCGGCGCGGUGCAAUUUGUGAUGAUCUGGAUCGGCGUGGCCAUGAUCAAAAUCGCACCGAGACAGCGGUGUAUUAUCAUCUGUCUGCUGAUCCUGGUUCCGCUUGCAGGCAACAUCAUGCUGUUCAAAAUGCGUUUCAGCGGCGGAUGGGGGGUUAUAGUUGGCGGCUGGCUCGGUUCCUGCAUAACCUCGUUCUACUCCAUCAACCUCAGUUUGAACGCCUCUAACGUCCGUGGAAACACCAAGAAAUCGAUCGUCAACAACCUGUACUACGUCGGCUACUCGCUCGCGGCCGUGGUGGCCGCACAGUGGUGGAACUACACCGCAGACCCUACGUUUACGGCAGGCAUCAUCGUGGACAUUGUGUUGUGGAUUAUCAUGAUUGCAGGCAUGCUACUGUAUAGAUGGAAGUGCAUAUCCGAGAACAAGCGGCGCGAACGCAUCAUCGCGAGCGGCCAGGCAGACAACUUCGACGAGUCUCGGGACCUGACAGACCGCCAAGACGUGUACCACCGGUAUAGUUAUUAA